GUAGGGAGCCCCGGGAGCGCGCGCGCCCGCGCGCCCCUUCCCCGCCCCGCCCUCCGCGGGCUCCCGUGAGGCGGCGGCGAGCUCGGAGUGACCGAGCGAAGGCACCGAGGCAGGGAAGAGGAAAGGGCCCGAGGAGGAGCGGCGGCCCCCGGGGAGGCCGCGGCGCGCAAGGACGGACGGACGGGCGGGCGGAGGGGGCGCUGCAGCGGGCGGGCGGCGAAGGAGCCGCUGAGGAGGGGCGAGCCCGGCCGCCCCCCGCCCCCUCGCCUUCGAGCGCGCGCUCGCCGCGGCGGCGGCGGCGGUGGCGGCGGCUCCCGGCGAUGCGGUGAGAGGGAGGCGCAGCCGCUGUGCCCGGGGCCGCCGGCAGCCUCCGCGCCAGGACUUGCAGUGAAUGGAGGAGGACACUUUUUGCUAGAGAUUUAACUUGUCUAAAGAUAUCAAGUGUUUGCAAUAAACCAAGUGGAACAGGAUCGCCAUGUUUCGAAACAGUCUCAAGAUGCUUCUUACAGGAGGGAAGUCAAACCGCAAAAACAGGUCCAGCGAUGGAGGGAACGAGGAGCCACCAGACCGAAGACAGGCAAGUGUAGACUCCCGUCAGAGCCGAGCUGGGCAAGGCACCUCCACAGAGAACGACUGUGCUUUUGAACCUGACUACGCAAUUCCGCCGCUCGCAGUGACCGAAGGUAUGCAGCACAUUCGGAUAAUGGAGGGCAUGUCCCGCUCCCUUCCAUCCUCCCCCUUACUCACACAUCAGUCUAUCAGUGUUCGGCUCCAACCUGUGAAGAAGUUAACUGCCCCUGUGAGGAAAGCAAAGUUUGUUGAGAGCCCUCGAAUCCCAGAGUCUGAGCUUGGCUCCCCAACGCUCUCUGCCCAGAAGCUGGACGUCGAUGCAUUCUGCCCUGGUGAUACUGAGCAGGAGCUGGGACCCCCUCCGUCCGUAGAUGAGGCAGCGAACACACUCAUGACUCGCCUGGGCUUCCUCCUGGGAGAGAAGGUCUCGGAGGUGCCGCCAGGGCCGCAGUACAGCAUGGAGGUGCAGGACGAGAACCAGAGCUCGGCGGUGACGCAGCGCAUCAGCCCCUGCUCCACGCUGACCAGCAGCACGGCCUCGCCGCCGGCCAGCAGCCCCUGCUCCACGCUGCCGCCGGCCAGCGCCGGGGCCAUGGCCAAGGACUGCGGCUACGGGGCCGUCACCAGCCCCACGUCCACGCUGGAGAGCAGGGACAGCGGCAUCAUCGCUACAUUGACAAGUUACUCUGAAAAUGUGGAACGGACCAAAUAUGGAGGGGAAAGCAGUAAAGAACUUGCAUCUGGGGGAAACCUGAAGCAGUGGCAGUCCCAGAAAUGCAGCAUGGACUCGUGCCUGUACCGUGUGGAUGAGAACAUGUCAGCCUCCACCUACAGCCUCAACAAAAUCCCUGAGAGGAGCCUGGACACCGUCCUGUCCCAGUCCGUGCAGUCAAUUCCUCUUUACCUUAUGCCACGGCCAAAUUCAGUAGCAGCCACCAGCUCGGCGCACCUGGAGGACCUGGCGUACCUGGACGAGCAGCGGCACACGCCCCUGCGCACGUCGCUGCGGAUGCCGCGGCAGAGCGCGGCCGGCGCCCGGGCCCAGCCGGACCUGCGAGUGCGCUUCGCGCCCUACCGACCCCCCGACAUCUCGCUGAAGCCGCUGCUCUUCGAGGUGCCCAGCAUCACCACGGAGUCCGUGUUCGUGGGCCGGGACUGGGUGUUCCACGAGAUCGACGCGCAGCUGCAGAGCUCCAACGCCAGCGUCAACCGCGGCGUGGUCAUCGUCGGCAACAUCGGCUUCGGCAAAACCGCCAUCGUCUCCAGGCUGGUGGCGCUCAGCUGCCACGGCACCAGGAUGAGGCAGAUCGCUUCCGACAGCCCCCACGCCUCUCCAAAACAUGCGGACGCGGGCCGGGAGCCGCCCUUGGCCCAGCCGCCGGCCGCCCACGCCGCCAGCGGGAGCUGCCCCGGCACCCCCGAGAUGCGCCGGCGCCAGGAGGAGGCCAUGAGGAGAUUGGCCUCGCAGGUCGUGGCUUAUCACUACUGCCAGGCUGACAACGCCUACACGUGCCUGGUGCCCGAAUUUGUGCACAACGUGGCCGCGCUGCUGUGCCGCUCGCCGCAGCUGGGCGCCUACCGGGAGCAGCUGCUGCGCGAGCCGCACCUGCAGAGCCUGCUCAGCCUGCGCUCCUGCGUGCAGGACCCCAUGGCCUCCUUCCGCAGGGGCGUGCUGGAGCCCCUGGAGAGCCUGCACAAAGAGAGGAAGAUCCCUGAUGAAGAUUUCAUUAUAUUAAUUGAUGGUUUAAAUGAGGCUGAAUUUCACAAGCCAGAUUAUGGAGAUACCAUAGUGUCGUUCCUGAGCAAGAUGAUUGGAAAAUUCCCUUCCUGGCUGAAGCUGGUAGUGACAGUCAGAACGAGUCUACAGGAAAUAAUUAAGCUGUUGCCCUUCCACAGAAUAUUUUUGGAUAGACUGGAAGAGAACGAAGCCAUCGACCAGGACCUGCAGGCAUACAUCCUUCAUCGGAUACACAGCAGCUCAGAGAUCCAGAACAACAUCUCGCUCAACGGCAAAAUGGACAACACUACGUUUGGCAAACUCAGUUCUCACCUCAAGACCUUGAGCCAAGGGUCCUACCUAUACCUGAAACUUACUUUUGAUCUCAUAGAGAAAGGAUACCUAGUUCUAAAAAGCUCCAGCUACAAAGUGGUGCCAGUGUCCCUGUCUGAAGUGUACCUGCUGCAGUGCAAUAUGAAGUUCCCAACACAGUCUUCCUUUGAGCGGGUCAUGCCUCUCUUGAACGUAGCAGUGGCUUCUCUGCACCCAUUAACAGAUGAACAUAUUUUUCAGGCCAUUAAUGCAGGUAACAUUGAGGGCACUUUGGAGUGGGAGGACUUUCAGCAGAGGAUGGAGAACCUUUCUAUGUUUCUUAUCAAACGUAGAGACAUGACACGAAUGUUUGUUCAUCCCUCUUUCCGAGAAUGGCUUAUUUGGAGGGAAGAAGGUGAAAAAACCAAGUUUCUUUGUGAUCCAAGGAGUGGCCACACACUACUUGCCUUCUGGUUUUCCCGCCAAGAAGGAAAAUUAAACAGACAGCAGACCAUUGAACUGGGACAUCACAUUCUCAAAGCACAUAUUUUUAAGGGUCUGAGUAAAAAAGUUGGGGUAUCUUCCUCCAUCCUGCAAGGGCUUUGGAUCUCCUACAGUACUGAAGGUCUUUCAAUGGCUUUGGCAUCUCUGAGAAAUCUCUACACCCCGAACAUAAAGGUCAGUCGCUUGCUGAUUUUAGGAGGUGCCAACGUGAAUUACCGGACAGAAGUUCUGAACAAUGCCCCCGUUUUGUGUGUCCAAUCUCACCUGGGAUAUGCUGAGAUGGUGGCUUUGCUCUUGGAGUUUGGGGCCAACGUGGACUCUGCUUCGGAGAGCGGCCUGACCCCGCUGGGCUACGCGGCUGCCGCGGGCUUCCUGAGCAUCGUGGUGCUGCUGUGCAAGAAACGUGCCAAGGUGGAUCAUUUGGACAAAAAUGGGCAGUGUGCCCUGGUGCACGCCGCUCUCAGGGGGCACCUGGAGGUGGUGAAGUUCCUGAUCCAGUGCGACUGGAGCAUGGCUGGGCAGCAGCAGGGGGUGUUCAAGAAGAGCCACGCCAUCCAGCAGGCGCUGAUCGCUGCUGCCAGCAUGGGCUACACCGAGAUUGUCUCCUACCUGCUCGAUCUUCCAGAAAAAGAUGAAGAGGAAGUGGAGAGAGCACAGAUCAACAGCUUUGACAGCCUCUGGGGAGAGACAGCUCUGACGGCGGCGGCGGGGCGCGGGAAGCUGGAGGUGUGCCGGCUGCUGCUGGAGCAGGGCGCCGCCGUGGCACAGCCCAACCGCCGCGGCGUCGUGCCGCUCUUCAGCGCCGUCAGACAGGGCCACUGGCAGAUUGUGGAUCUCCUGCUCACGCACGGCGCCGACGUGAACAUGGCAGACAAGCAGGGCCGGACGCCGCUGAUGAUGGCAGCGUCCGAGGGACACCUGGGCACUGUGGAGUUCCUGCUUGCACAAGGUGCCUCGAUUUCUCUGAUGGACAAAGAGGGCCUGACAGCCCUGAGCUGGGCCUGCCUGAAGGGCCACCUGCCCGUGGUGCGUUCCCUGGUGCAGGGCGGCGCUGCCACGGACCACGCGGACAAGAACGGCCGCACGCCGCUGGACCUGGCGGCGUUCUACGGCGAUGCCGAGGUGGUUCAGUUCCUGGUGGACCAUGGGGCCAUGAUCGAGCACGUUGACUACAGUGGGAUGCGGCCCCUGGACAGAGCAGUGGGCUGCCGCAACACCUCGGUUGUCGUCACCCUCCUGAAGAAAGGAGCAAAGAUAGGUUGUCAGACGUUACCGAGUCGCCCACGAGGUCCAGCAACUUGGGCAAUGGCAACCUCCAAACCAGACAUCAUGAUCAUCCUGUUGAGCAAGCUGAUGGAGGAGGGAGACAUGUUUUAUAAGAAAGGUAAAGUGAAGGAGGCUGCCCAGCGCUACCAGUAUGCUCUGAAAAAAUUCCCCAGAGAAGGGUUUGGAGAAGACUUGAAAACCUUCCGUGAGCUGAAGGUGUCACUGCUCCUCAACCUCUCCCGGUGUCGAAGGAAAAUGAACGAUUUUGGAAUGGCGGAGGAAUUUGCCACUAAAGCACUGGAGCUGAAACCGAAAUCUUACGAAGCUUACUAUGCAAGAGCCAGGGCCAAACGCAGCAGCAGGCAGUUUUCAACAGCCCUGGAGGACCUGAACGAGGCCAUCAAGCUGUGUCCUAACAACCGUGAGAUCCAGCGGCUGCUGAUGCGGGUGGAGGAGGAGUGCAGGCAGGUGCAGCAGCAGCAGCAGCAGCAGCAGCAGCAACAGCAGCAGCAGCCACCACCACUCCCGGCAGAGCCAGAGCCCGAAGCCCAGCAUGAAGAGCUGUAUUCUGCUCAAGAUAUCUUUGAGGAGGAAUACCUUGAGCAGGACGUAGAAAACGUUUCCAUUGGCUUGCAGACAGAGUCCAGGCCAAACCAAGGGCUGCCUGUCAUCCAGAGCCCACCCCCGUCUCCAGCUCACAGGGACUCAGCCUAUAUUUCCGGCUCUCCUCUUGGCUCUCAUCAGGUCUUUGAUUUCAGGUCCAGCAGCUCUGUGGGUUCGCCAACCAGGCAGGGGUACCAGUCCACAUCUCCUGCCCUGUCUCCGACGCACCAAAACUCACACUACAGACCCAGUCCUCCGCACACGUCCCCCGCUCACCAGGGCUCCACUUACCGCUUCAGCCCCCCUCCGGUGGGGGGCCAGGGCAAGGAGUACCAGAGCCCCCCGCCGUCGCCGCUGCGCAGGGGCCCCCAGUACCGCGCCAGCCCCCCCGCCGACAGCAUGGCCGUCUACAGGCCGCAGUCGGGCUCCCCGGUGCGCUACCAGCCCGAGCCCGGCGCCGCCGCCCCGCUCCCCGGCAGGCCCAAGUCCCCGCUGUCCAAGAUGACGCAGAGGUCCUUCCAGAUGCCCCAGCUGCCCGUGGCCGUGCCGCAGCCGGGGCUGAGGCUGCAGCCAGCCAAGGCGCAGAUCGUGAGGAGCAACCAGCCCAGCUCUGCCGUGCACUCCAGCACUGUCAUCCCAACAGGGGCAUACAGCCAGGUUGCCCACUCGAUGGCCAGCAAGUACCAGCCAUCAUCGGGGGACGUGGGGGUCAGCCAGAGCCGGCUGGUCUACCAGGGCUCCAUCGGGGGCAUCGUGGGUGACAGCAGGCCCGUGCAGCACGUGCAGGCGAGUCUGAGCGCCGGAGCCAUCUGCCAGCACGGAGGGCUGGCCAAAGAAGACCUUCCACAGAGACCAUCCUCGGCGUACCGAGGGGGGAUGAGAUACAGCCAGACUCCUCAGAUUGGGCGAAGCCAGUCCGCCUCCUACUACCCGGUGUGCCACUCGAAGCUUGACCUGGAGCGUUCUUCCCUCCCCGCCAACCAGCUGGGCUCUCCGGAUGUGUCUCAUCUCAUAAGAAGACCCAUCACAGUCAAUCCCAGUGAAAUUAAGCCUCACCCACCGACUCCAAGGCCUCUACUCCACUCUCAGAGCGUUGGCCUCCGCUUCUCCCCUUCCAGCAAUAGCAUCUCCUCCACCUCCAACCUGACUCCCAACUUCCGCCCCUCUGCUUCCAUCCAGCAGAUGGAGAUUCCCCUGAAGCCGGCCUAUGACCGAUCGUGCGAUGAGCUGUCUCCGGUCUCGCCCACGCAGGGGGGCUACCCCAGCGAGCCGGCCCGCUCCCGCACCACGCCCUUCAUGGGCAUCAUCGACAAAACCGCUCGGACUCAGCAGUACCCCCACCUGCAUCAGCAGAACCGGACCUGGGCCGUGUCGUCAGUGGACACUGUCAUUAGUCCUACGUCUCCUGGCAAUCUGCCCCAGCCGGAAUCCUUUAGCCCACCCUCUUCAAUCAGCAACAUUGCCUUUUAUAACAAAACCAACAAUGCACAGAAUGGCCAUUUGCUAGAGGAAGACUAUUACAGCCCCCAUGGGAUGCUGGCCAAUGGGUCCCGGGGAGACCUCCUGGAGAGAGUCACCCAAGCCUCCUCGUACCCCGACGUCAAGGUGGCAAGGACGCUGCCCGUGGCACAGGCCUACCAGGAUAACCUGUACAGGCAGCUCUCCAGGGACUCCAGGCAAGGCCAAACGUCCCCAAUCAAACCAAAGAGACCAUUUGUGGAGUCUAAUGUGUAAAAGACACUUGUUGGAGUGAGACCCUCAUGUUUUCAGCACACACUUCCAAGCUUGAUUUCCAUGCAUACUAUUAUAAUUAUUAUUACUAUUAUUAUUUUUAUUUCUCUUUGAUAGCUACAUGAUCAAGUUUCUCCGGUACUUUAUGUGGUGGUCAGACAGCCGUGCACGUGCUCCAGCCCUUUUGUUCCCCAGCUGACUGUGAAGCCAACAUCAGCCGAGCCAGUAUCGUUUGCCCAAUUCCAGCAAAGUUCCAACCAGGAUAUCUUAGUCCAUGGUGUGGGGAGGUCCAGAGAUACCCCUACGCAGCAGGAGGUAACCAGCUCUUUUUCAAGAGACAGUCGCCUUGGAUUUAAAUUGGUUCCUUUUGUCUCAAUUAUCUCUUACUCAACUCUGAUGGGAAUUCCUAGGGAAUUCCACAGGAGCCUUUCCCAAGGCUGCAUCCACAGGUCCCUGAGCCAGCCAGGUUGUUUGGCUCUUUGCCCCAAAGAGCAGAUUACCCUCGGUGAUGUGAUGUAACACCAGUAGCUAUGCACAGCACCCUCAAUGCCCAUCCUGAUUCCGCUGGUUGACAGCGCUUUCCUUCCUUAUUUAACUUGUCAUUGGCCAGAAGGGAUGGGGAUCACACAGCACUUUGCUGCUGUCCAAGUACCUACCAGCUGCCCUCACACUGAUUCUUUGCUCUGGGGUGUUUUACAAGGAUUGAGGGUUUGAGGUCAGCCCUUUGUUACGUGUUUUAGUCAGCCAAAGGAAUUGGCCAGGAACCUCUUGUGCAUGGACCUGGAUUGCAGUAACUUCUUCCCCUGUUGGCAGACUGCGCCUCACCCACAGCGUUUGCAUGGGACAACUUAGUGUUGGGACCUCAUCUGAGGGGCAUUUAUCACUUGCAAGGAAGAGCAAAAAUCUGACUUACAGUAUUCAAAGUGGAAAAUUGCAACUCUAAAUAUUCUUUUUACAUUUUUUUAUAGUGAGGAUAUAGAGCAUGGCAUGAUGGUUCCAAAAGAGGAAAGGUCCUUCUGCAGUCCCAGCCGUGCAGCAUCCCUUCCCUCUGGCUCAUUUCUGCCAGGGAGCAGAGGUUGUAGCAAGGGCUGUGCUCCUCUAAGAUCCUGAAAUCCUGGAAAGGGACACUGUGUUCUGUGUCUGGGUAGAGACCAUGUGUUGCUUUUUGAGAAGCUGUAGUUAAGAGACACCUAUUUAUAAUUUAUUUAUGUUAUCUAUUUCAGGACAUUUUCUGGUUCAGGUUGGGUUUUCUCUAUUAUUUUUGGUUUUAUAAUCAAAUGCAAGUCACAUCAAGACAACACGGAAAGCAAGGGCCAGUUCCAAAAUCCUUUUUAUAGGAUUUUCAAUAAUUUUUCAAUUAUUUGCUGAAAAUUUCCUUUGAGGUGGGCAGAAGAACGUCCUUUAUGGAUUCCUUUAUUCCUGGUGGGUUUGUAAUCUGCCUUUUCUCUUCUGAGGGGAAGGGUGGGAUGACGGGAGGGAGAGUGAUAACGCCGUAGCUUGUUUUAAAGCAAACUAGUGCCUGUUGCCCAAUGCCAAACCUCACUCAUACCGACUCUAGGGAGCGGCUCAGUGCUGAGCAGGGGAGCGAUACCUCCAAAGGGCUACAGCCAAGCGAUUGCAAGACUUGCUGAACCAAAUCGUGGGCUCCAACCUGCGUGGUGUGAGUGAGCACAUCCCAGCCCCACAUCACUGCAGCUGCACCCAUUCACACCAGCUCAGGACAGGCUCUGGAACUCCUUAAGCAAACCCUGGCUUCCACGGGGCUUUUUUUUUUCCUUCUGUGUGGUUCAGCACAUCUCAUUGCUGUUUCGUUGCCUAAUUUGCUCAGAGCAAGCUGGGACAUGCACACCUUGGGCCAGGGGAGACUUGUGUCUCAUAGACACACGGAGAGCAUUUUGAAGGGGGUUCCUCUAUGAGUUGUGGCAAUUCUGGGGCUCUCUUGAGCCAUUUGGUCUUUGUCAAACCCGGUAUUUGGAUUGAGGUCGGUGUUUUCUUCCUUGAGGUGCAGCCCAGUGCUGGCUCUUUGCUUUAUCCCAGGGCUCUGUAAAAUGGGGGCUGGCUGGGACCCCUUCAAUGGGGCAGGUACCCCGUGGGGACACCCAGCUCUGAGCUUGGUUUCUCUCCUUACAGAUGGGGUGUGAUGAUUUUCUUUCUUCCUCUCGCUUUUGAAAUAACGUGCUCUGUAUUGUCAGGAGUAACCGGUUUCUCCUCCACGUGCCCAUGGCUGGGAGACGUAUCCUGGCUCUGGAGCAGCAGCAGUCACUUUGCUUAGUGCCUCCAUCCUCCAGCUUUCUGCCUGAGUGAGUGGCUUCCUACCUUUAGUUGCUUCUUUGAAAGGAAAACGUGGCUCAGUUUUGCCUGUCCCCUGCACUGCCACGCCCAGGGUGCUCCAGGAGCAGUGACAGGAGAGCUGCCCACGCUUGGCUGUGGCUCCUCACUGCCUCGUGCUCCCAGUCCUGUCCUUCAGAGCAUCCCCCACAGCACUCCUGUGUGUAACUGCUCCGUUUCUGAGGAUGUUUUAAGGGAAACAGAAAACAGCUCACGCUUUUAACACAACCACAAAGCUGAAGAUGGCUUGAAACACUGCAGCAUGCAGGUUUUUUCACAACUCCACGUAUUACAUUUUCCACAGGAUUCUUGCACUAAUGGUUUUCCAUCUGUUCUCUCUGUAAAUGGGUGCACUUUACUGUUUGAAUUUGUUACUAUGAUAAAUACUGGAUAUUUAAGCGUGAGUAGUGUCUUCAUUAGAAAAAUAGCAAAACAGCUCAUGUCUCAUAGUGUAUUUUUCAGAAAAAAGAGAAAAGAAACAAAACGAAGCAAUGAAUCGUAACAUUUAUAGCACAAGAACUGACUCCUGUAUAUAAGCAUCAACAGAUUGAGUAAUUUUUGAAUAUAAAAUUAUUUGCAGUGGUUUUAAAGCACUUCCCCAGCAAUUCUCCUAGGAACAGUCGAGGCAGGAUGGCUGCUGUGGUCACUGGGUGGGUAAGAAGCACAUUUCUUCCUGGAAAAGCUCAUUCUUGCUCAGUCCCCUAUGUCUUCAAAGUCAUCAUUUGAUCUUUACAUGAGGAGAAGCAGAGGUCAUUCUGUGUUGUGCUGGCAUGGCCCCAUGGUGCUUAGGGGAGCACAAGGUCAGGGCCCUUCAUCCUCCACUCUUAGAUCUAGGUGUGACAAGCCCAGGCCACACUGUGGGAUCACACUCAGUUUCAGACAUUGUCCUGUACCUCUGUGCUAUGUGUUUAAUUACUUUUUGAGUAAUUAAGAUGCAGGACAAUGCUGCCAGCUGGUGCCUUCAUGCCCUCCCAGCUGCAGUGGUACCACAGACAGGCCCCAUCUUUAAGCAAGCAGGAUUUACUGAGUAAAGCAGUUUCUUGAUGACAUUGAAACUCCAGCUUUCAUCCUUGGGGUGCAUGGGGAAGGCAAUGCCAGAAGUGAUGCUGAAGCUGACCCCUUUCUUUGGCCAACCUUCCCACCAGGUGUCUCUCAUCUUUACCUGGGGCUGCUCUGAGACCCAGGUGUGCCACUAUAGAGCUGGAAUCUUCAGCCAACAUCAGGUGUGGGUGUCUGCCCCAUCCCUCAGUGUGGCUUCAUUGGCUCUUGCUCUUCUCCCAGGUCAGGAGGAUGCUGUGGUCCCAGGGGAGGGGACACCCAUGUGAUGGGGGGCUCUGCAGGGUCUCUGCAACCAGGCUGGGAGUGGCAUCAGAGGGCUCUGGACAUAGUCUUGAGUAGCCAUCAAAGUACUUAGGAAAAGGAGUUUUUUACAAUGACAGAUCCUUUAAGAUCCAUCUCCAAAGAAGGCACAGCCUGAGCUGCCUUCUCUGUGUCACUGUUUGGGAGGACUGUGACAGCUCCAACAGUCUGAGACAUGUGUCUGUCCUUCUGCAUGUCUGCUGUGGCACCAGUGCCCAGCUGGGUCUGUCCGAGCUCUGAGCUUUUUGGUUAUUUUUCUUUAACCUGGCUGUGAGGAAAACAGUGUGGCAGGUGUGAACAUGUGAGCCAAACACCAGAGUCAUGCUGGAACCAGGGUGGGUGGGAAACUGGGAGUGAUUCAGUCUCCCUUACAAAGGUUGCUAUGUCUUCAGGGCUACCCAGGAGAAGUCUAGCUAAAACCGAAGUGCCAGCUCUGCCUUACCUAGAGAGCCAAGCAAGCCACGUGCCUGCUCGUCCUCCUGCGGGGCCCCGGGUGAGCUGCCUCAGCUCCUCGCUGCUUCUGCUGUGCUUGUGCUCUUGGGAAUCUGAGGUAACUCUUCUGUGGGGUUAUCAGUGGUUACUCAAGGGCUUAGGGGAGAGCUGCUGUACUGCUGGGACCUCUGCAAAUCAAUGCCUUCAGCCCCUGCCGGCUGCACUGCGCGGGCUGCUGGGGGUGUGUUGGACACAAAGCACAAUGGUUGAAAGUGAUUCUGCAUUUUUUUCAGCUUUGUGUGAAUAAUUGCUGGAUUUUCAUUCAAUCAAACUCUUUUUUCUAAUACAAACCACUAAGGGCUCAAUUCUUUAGCAAGAUGCGUUCGUGUCCAACUCUUGACUGGAUCUCACCACAGCUGGGACAGAGCGACCCGAGAGGUCACAGCGAGUCACGGGGAAAGCCACAAGCACCCAGCCCACCACGUGUCCUUCCUCCUGCUCGUUUUCCAGCUGCCACCGUACUGGGGAGUCAGCAGCCAGGUCCCAUCUGCCGGGAUCACAUCCUGUGGUUGUGAAAACAGAGGGCUGCCUUGCCAAAAGACUUGGUCCCUUUGGGCGAUGCUGCCCAGGGGCAGCGGUGGGGAGGCAGGUCAGGGUAGGGAUGGGUGGAUGGAAAAGCCUCGUGCCCACAGAGGUGGGUCCCCCACAGGUCUGCCUUGCUGUGCACUGCUCUGCCAGAGCAGCCCUGGGUGCUACAUAAAGUCCAUUGUGUUGCUUCACCGACAACCCAGAGACUCGUGUGGACUCUGCCAGUGCUGCCGGCUCAUCCCUCUCCAGCCUUUUCUUUGCCAUAGUGUUGCAUUCAGCGUCCCAUGUCCUUUCUGUCUUCACAUCGAGAGGAUCUGAGUUGGGUACAAACAUGUCCACUACACCCGCCUUGUGCUUUGUACAACUCCCUGGUUGCCAUCCUCUGAGACACUUGCUGGGAAGAUCUUUAAGACACUUAAAUUUUCCUUUAGCUUUUCUAUAAUUCUGAUGUAAAGGACUUUCUCUCUGUACAGUAUAUUAUCCAAUGCAUGUUCUGUUCUCUCUGAUAUAUUGAACACCACACAGUUGUGAUAUUGUGCAGUGGGAAGAGCAGCCCCUGCCAACAGCAGAGGCCUUCGCCUCUCAUCUCUAAGGAAAGAAGAAAACAUAUUUUUUCCUUUGCUGUAUUUGCUUGAGCAGAGUUUUCUUGUCUGUACAUGUGAGCUGUGAGAUAGAUGUGAAAAGUUCAAAAGAAUGCAUUCCCCUCCCCACUGUAUACAGAUUGUAAUCUGUACAAUGAAAACUGUAUGUAUGAAAAAAUGUACUUAUUUAUAAAUGGUUAACACUUGGAAAUGG